GCAGCACACCAAAUGCGGGGCUGGAUUACGAGCAAGAUUCGCUGCUAACCUAGCAUUCGUUCGAGCAAGCCGAUAAACGGAGAGAGAGAGAGAGAGAGAGAGAGAGAGAGAGAGAGAACCCUCUGCGCUCUAUGGCUGCGUUGCUUGUGCUUAGUGUGGUGGGCAUUUGCGCGGCGCUACUCUGGAGGUUUGCGCGACCAUGGAGGCGCUCGAGGAGAAUAGAGGGGAUACUAAAGCAGCAGGGGCUCAAGGGACCGCCGCCCGAGUUCUUGGCUGGCAACAGUGGCCAGCAAUACCAGAUGAGGAUUGAGAACCAGGGCAAAGUGAUGGAAACCUGUCACGACAUUGUCGCUCAUGUCACGCCCGAAGUUGUCUUGUGGUCGUCAAAGUAUGGAAAGCCAUACUUGACAAGGUCCCUGGAUGUUCCCGAUGUCACAUUCUUCGAUCCCGACUGUGCUCGCGAGAUCCUGUCCAGGCAGUUUGAAAACUUCCCCAAGUCGAGCCUGCAAGUUCAGGUCGUGGUUGACGUUGUAGGCCAUGGAGUUCUCGGGCUGGAAGGCGGCCAGGAAUGGUCUCAGCGGAGAAAUGUGCUUUCUCCAGCAUUUCAUACGCUCAAGUUGAAGGCAAUGUAUGCAAGGAUUCGAGAGUGUUCUGAGAAACUGGUCGCCAAAUGGAAGACUUGUGUUCCUCACGGACAAGCCGAGCUAGAAGUGUCACACGACUUGAAGAAGCUCGCCGCAGACCUCAUUUCUCACGUUGCCUUUGGUGCCAACUAUGAAAAAGGUGAGCAAGUCUUUCAUGGGCUCACAGUGCUGGGUGAUUUAGCACUCGAGGCCCAGAGCUACUUUUGGCUUCCACUCUUCAGUUACUACCCGUGCUCUCUCAAUCGUAAGAUUUGGAAGGUGAAGAGAGAGAUUGACAUGACCGUGAUGAGCUUGAUCCACGAACGGAGAAGAAGCUCCGGCAACUAUGGAGAUGAUCUGCUGGGUUUGAUCCUGGAGGAGAGCGACAAAUCAACAGGGUUCAGUGACAAGGUGGUGGUGGACGAAUGCAAGACGUUCUUUCUUGCCGGGCACGAAACAACCGGUAGCUUACUCGGGUGGACACUUUUUCUGCUCGCCCUCAACCCCGACUGGCAAAACCGAGCCCGAGCCGAGGUCCAAGAACACUUCAAGGAGAACUCCCAGGUUGGCGCUCUUGACAAGCUCAAGCUGGUGGGGAUGAUUCUUUACGAGACACUGAGGCUCUAUCCAGCAGUGUCUGAAGUCCAGAGAGUAGCCUCCAAAGACACGGUUUUGGGAGGGAUCAAAGUUCCCGAGGGCACGCAAGUCACCAUUCCACUUCUCUGGAUCCACCACGAUCCAGAGCUGUGGGGAGCCGAUGCAAAUGAGUUCAACCCGGAGCGCUUUUCGCAAGGAGCUGCAAAGGCAUCCAAGCACCCGAGUGCGUACAUGCCUUUUGUCAUGGGUCCUCGUGUUUGCAUAGGGCAGACGUUGGCGUUGUUAGAGGCCAAAGUUGCCAUUGCCACGCUGCUCUCCAACUUUGCAUUUAGUCCUGCUUCGAGUUACAAGCACAGCCCCAGGAUGCACGUUAUCAUCGACGCACCUCGAGGCAUCCAGCUGGUUGUCCACAAGCUCAGCGAAUAAUAAAACACUGCUGGAACGUUCUUGUUUA